AGACCAGGAAGUGAAGCAGGCGCACGAGCUCAGAGCUGUGAGGCACGAGGGCACGAGGCGGACAGAGGCCCUCCUAACACGCUCUGGUUGCCAACUCGCCAACUAUUUCACGGUGAUGUCACAAAUCACAGCUGCUCCACAUGAUGAGUUCAGAGCAAAAGUCUUAUGGCAGUGCUCCAGCAGGACAUUGUGCCCUUUGGCCUGUGGACCUAAAGCUCACUCACCUGGACUGGAACCCAGAAGCCACUCUGAUCCACUUCCAAGGCCAGUACCUCACCACCUGCGAACUAGAUUACAACAUCCUCCAGGGAGUGAUCCAGAAUGCUCCAAAAGCUCCAGCUUCUGUUGAUGUAGGAGAGUUUUGUCUUGUGGAAGACCUGACCUCAGCGCGUUGGUACAGAGGACGUGUCCAGAGCCUAAAGAAGGACUUGUAUGAUGUGUUUCUCAUUGAUCACGGGAAUGUACUGAGUGUGGAUGAGGCACAUAUUUCCUGCUGUUCAAACGACCUCUUCAUUUUACCCCCUAAAAUUGUGUGUGGAUUUCUCUCAAGCGUGCUGCUGCUUUCAGACUGCUGCCACUCAGUGUUAGAGCAGUAUUUUGCUAAUCUAGUUGGAAGAAAUGUCACAGGUUACAUUAAAGCUCUUCUUCCUCACAAAGUGCUUCUAAUGGAAGCCCCAGACAUCAACAGUGACCUUGUCCACUAUGGUUUUGGGAGACAUGUUGACACAGAUACAUUUCUGCUUUUGGUUGAAAUGCUGACAGAAGCUCCUUUAAAACAAAACAUUGAACCAGCUCCUGAUUUACUCAUUGAAAAACAAAGAAGACAAGAGUUCUUCUUAAAACCAUCAAGUCUACGAGGAUAUGAGGACAUUCUGUCUUCUUUCAGACCUAAAUUGAAAUGUGGAUCACAUGCGAUAGUGCAUGUUACAGCUGCUGUUAAUCCUGGAUUGUUUUACUGCCAAAUGACUGCCAAAGAAUCAGAGCUCAAGGAGCUAUCAAGCAAACUCGCAGCAGCAGUAAAUCAACUGAGAACCUCAGACAAUCCUGGCUUGCUCUGUUCUGUCAAAGGUAAAGAUGAAAAUUGGUACAGAGGUUUAGUCCAGCAUCUGCCUGUCAACUCCCUUGUCCGUGUGCUUUUUGUUGACUAUGGCUACUUUGAAACCGUUAGAGUUGAAAAUAUCCAUAAGUUGCCACCAGAUUUAUGUUCUAUUCCUAUCAAGAGCUUCCCUUGUGCCCUAUCCUGCAUGAACAAUGAGGAAGAGGCUAUCAAAAGCAAGCAGCUUGGUUUCCUAAAGACAAGUUUACUUGGAGGAAUACUUGAGAUUGAGAUCAACAAAUACAAACCAGAGCAACAUCUUUACUGCAUCACGAUUCUGAAUGCCAAGGAAAGAGUGACUCCAACUCCCAUUCAGAAACCCCCCAGCACAAAGUUAACCCGCAGUGAGCAGAGCUUACCUCAAAUUAUGAGCAAAGAACUUGACAAAACACUUGAAGAUGAAGAAAUUCAAGUAGGUUCCGUCUUCACUGGCUAUGUGGAGCAUGUUCAAAACCCCAAUCACUUCUGGGUUCGUUCUGAAAAACGAAAUAAUGACUUUGAAGAAAUUAUGGAGAAAUUGUUUAGACAUUUUAGGAGAAUAGCACUUGAUGAAGACGUAUUGGAAAACCCAGAGCCAGGGAUGCUUUGCUGUGCAGUCUAUGAGGAAGACCUGCAUUAUUACAGAGGUGUGGUGGUGGACCUUCUGGAGAAUGGGGCGGAGGUGCUCUUCAUCGACUUUGGGAAUACUGGAAAAGUGCCACACAAUUUAAUCAAGAAAAUACCUAAGGAGUUUGCCGAUAAAUCUGCAUUUGCUUUGUGCUGUAGCUUAGUCAAUGUUGUACCCACGGAUGAGUUGUGGCCCAGCAGCAGCAUUGACUCUUUCAGACGCCUUGUGUCAAACAAAGUGCUACAAGUUUGUGUUAUCCAGAUAAGGAAAAACAAAUUUGAUGUUGACCUUUACUUUAAUGAGGAAAGUGGUAAUGGUGGUGGCCAAAGCCUGUCAGAGAUUUUAAUCUCAGCCCAACAAGCGCACUAUGGGAAAAACAUUUCUGAACAGUUCACAGGGAAGAAGAAAAAACACACAUAUUACAAACAAAAAGUAACAAAACAUAACAGACAACCAUUAGUAAAUCCAAAGGCAUCAGAAAACUGUAAUAAGGAGAAGGAGGCAUCAAAGUAUGAACUGGAAAAAACAAAAGAACCUUUUAGCCUCAAAGGUCUCAACAUUAAGCCUGGCUGUGAGUUUGCUGUUCGCUGCAUACUCAUAAAUACACCAUCGGACUUUUGGUGCCAGCUCCUCGAUCAAGUGCCCGCUUUAGAGUCUCUUAUGGAGAGACUUCAGGGGCACUAUUCGAUCAAAACUGUCCCACUUGAACCAGAACCAUGUUGCGUUGUCAAGUCACCCUCCAAUGGAAAAUGGUGCCGUGGGAUCAUCACAGAAAGACAGAAUGGCCGAGCAAAUGUCAUUCUUGUUGACUUUGGUUCAAGCAUUCAAGUCAGUGAGGAAUGUUUACAAGGAUUACUCCCAGAAUUCUGUGUUUUUGAAAAGCAGGCUUUUAGAUGCAGCCUUUAUAAUGUGAUUGAACCACUAGCACUGGGCUGGACCAAAGAUGCCACAGAGUUUCUAAGAAGAUUUGCUGACAAUAGUGGUGUGAACCUGAAAUGCAAUGUAGUUUCUCAGUUAAAUGUAAAAAACAAGGGGUUGUGCAACGUUGUGGAUCUUUGCAACACAGAAUCCAAUCAAAGUGUGUCCAACUUGCUUGUGGAAAAGUGUCUGGCACGAGUAGUUACAAGAACUCUAUCACCCACAGUUUUCCCUGAAUCUUUUGUCUACUCGUCUUAUGGUCUCACAGAGCGGAGCGAGGAGAAGGUCUUUGUCACCCAUGUCCACAGCCAUUUUGAGAUCUUUUGCCAACUUGAAAAAAAUACAGCCGUCUUUGAAGAGAUUGAUGACAAAAUUUCAGAGGUCCUAAAAUUAAAGCAAACCAAUGCAGAAACUGUUGUCGAAAAACUGUGUCUUGCUAAAUACCUUGAUGGCCAGUGGUACAGGGGGAUUGCUUACUUGGCUCAGUCACCUUCUCAUGUGUUCGUGACAUUUGUGGAUUAUGGAAAUACAAUGAUCGCAGAGAAAAAAAAUGUGGUUUUCAUCCCAAAAGAGUCAACAGAGCUGUUGAACAAACCAAUGCAGGCCUUGAGAUUCUGUCUGGCCGGGGUUCCCCAGGGUCUAGUUUUUGCGGACGUGAAAGAGUGGCUUGAUACAGCAGUUCUCAACAAGCAGGUGAGGGCGAUCAUUGUUGCAAAAGAGGAAGAUGGAUCUUUUGAAGUAGAGUUGUUUGAUGGGGAAGUUAGCAUCAAUGACAGGUUGAAAAAGCUCAUUGACACUCUCACACCAAAACCAAAAAUAGCCAUGACUUUAAACAUCAAAAGCGAACGUAAAAAUAUGAACCAAAAUGUCAGUAAGAGCCAGCUCAAAGCAAAGACACCGAUGUCAAACAGACAUAGACAAAAGAAAAAUCAAAAGUCAAACAAACGCAGUCAGAACAGGCAAACUGAACCGGUGAAAUCUCAACAGUCAAAGAAAGCAGAAGUGAAACAAACAGCAGUGACACAAGACUGUCCCAGUCCUCCAGAACCUCAAUCUAAUUAUGCCAUACAAGACAACAAGAAGUUAGGCCAAAAAAGUAAAAGAGAAUGCUUUGUGGUAUUACAGAUCUCCUGUUUACCAGUAAUAAAACUCACAGAAGGCUUAAAGUUGGCAUGUUUUGCCUCCCAUAUUGAUUCACUCAGUAGUUUCUUCCUUCAACGUUCUAGUGAUGAAGCAAACAUCUUUCAAAUGGCAGAAGAUAUAAACUCUAGCUUCUUCAAGGAAACUUUAGAGCCAUGCACAAACAUUGCUCUAAAAGCUGACGAUCUGGUUAUCGUGGAGUACAAGGAUGAUGGGGCACUUUACCGUGCUGUUGUCAAAGAAAAUAUAGACUCCUGUACUUUCAAAGUGGAAUUUGUGGACUUUGGAAACUCAGACAUUGUGGGGAAUGAAAAGAUGUUUGUGAUGACAAAGGACAACGUCUCUCAACCGCGAUAUAGCAUACCGUGUAGCCUACUGGACUGUUCAGCUUUUGACGACACUGCUGCUUUUACAGAUGUAGUUAUGGACAAACCGUUUAUGGUUGAGUUUGUUUGUUUCAGAAAAUCUCAAUGGCAGGUCAAAGUUGAAAUUCUCGAUGCAACAAUUUCAGUACCAGUUGAAGCAGCAGCUCCAAAGGAAACUGACACAGUUCCUGAAGUGAAAAAAACAACACAAACAAAGCCAAACAUCACAAAACGUGUAAUGAGAGAGAGAAAAAAGAAACUGCCUAAGAAAAUUAGCAUAGUCAAAGUGUCGAAAGAUUUAUUCAGUGCCUUCUUGCCUCCAAAAAUUCAAAAAGGAGACACUGAGACUGGGCUAGUGCUGUCUGUACAGAGCAAUGGAGAUUUUUAUUUGAGACUUGACAAGUCUGAGGAUUCAUUAGCUGCACUGGAGACACUGUUAGCUGCACACUUAAAGUACUGUGAGCCUGUCUUGACAAACAAUGUCAAAGAAGGCCUCAAUUGCUUAGUUCAAGAACAAAAUGGCAGAAAAUGGCGUAGGGCUGCUGUUAAAGAUGUUUUCCAUGAUGCAUGUUUAGUUCACCUGUUAGAUUAUGGGAAAAUUGAGACGGCAUCAAAAAGUACCCUCUGGCAGAUGAUGCGUUGCCUUGCAGUGAUUCCACCCUUUGCUGUGCACUGCAGACUGAACAUCCAAGAAGGCAGUGUGCAGGACAGGCAAAUUUGUUACGAAGCAGUUAAAGGCAUUGAAGGGUAUAACGUCAAGCUUGUGUUUGUGGAGGUUUCCGAAAAAUAUCUAUGGUUUGUAGAAAUGGUGAGGGACAGAUUCCUUCUUCAGCAUCAUGUUUCAAAUACAGAGACAAAAACUGAACUGGAUUCUGCUCGAGAAAAUGAGAGUGCAACUGACCCUCAGAAACUGGUCUUUGCUCCUGUUGAACUGAAUAAGGAGUAUUGUGGCUUUGCUGCCGCUGUCACCACACCCUUCGAGUUCUGCGUUGUCUUGGAAGACUUGUACCUCAUGAGUCAAGUCUCAGUCUUGUUGGAUGAUUUCCGAGAUGAGCUGCAGCCCCUCCCCCUGGCCCACCUUGUCCCCAAAACUGGCUGCUUGGUUAAAUCUAAAUCUAGGAACAAGUGGUGCAGGGCAGAGAUCCUCCAUGUAGACUCUACUCUCACCCUGGACCUUGUGGACUAUGGACAUGCUGAAUGCUUGUCUUAUGGAGACCACUCCAAGCUGAAAAAGCUCCCAGAUUGUAUCAAAGCGCUGCCCAAAGUGACAUACCCCUGCGUCUUGAACACAGUGAGGCCGGCUGAGGCAGAAGAACAGUGGAGUGAUGAGGCGAUCAUUUUCUUCCAGCAGUGUUUGGACCAGAGGAAUCUCCAGAUAUUCUUCAGGGAGGAGAUUUCAGACUGCCAGUGGAAAGUGGACAUCCUGGCCAAUGGGGUCCACGUCGCCAAGCAAUUGGUCGAUGCAGGGUACGGCAGCUACAUGGACAUCAUGUUGGGACUACGGUUUCAGGAGCAGAGCUCUAGACGCAGCCCGCUGUAUCUCAGGGAGGAUGAGUGUGACGAAGACCCAGAGGAAGGAAGUCAGACCUUUGAAGAAAUUGAACAGAUUUUCAAAGUCAACUCAGACUCCUGUCUGUGUAUGUAAAUGGUACUGCUUUCACCGUUCAGAAAACUGCAGUGUGAUCCCUCCCAACAGUAUUUUAGUUCAGAGUGCUAUGUAUUUUAAAUUUUUAUUUUAGAUGAAGCAAAGUACCUGUCGAAGUAUAGACAUAUUCAUAUUAGACAUUUGAUAAAUGUACAUUUGUUUUUGUUUUGCAACUAGUUCAGUUGUUAAAUUCAAUUAUAAUUUGUUCUAAAAUGCAGUUACACUUCUGACAUUAUUUUACUUUAGAAUAUUUUAAGGCAAAUGUCUCAAUUUAAUUUUAAAUCAACCAGUUUCAUUAUUCAAUAUUUUAUAUGAUGAGUGAUUAAAUGACUUAUGUUUGUGUCUGUUAGUGUUUUACACAAGUGGGGAAAAUAUUCAAAUUAUAAAGUUCUGUAUGUAAUAAGGAUGAAAUGAAGAAUUCUCUUUUUGUUUUUAGCUCCACUUGGGGGCACUGUUGAACAAGGAAUGUUCAUCUCAGUUGAGAAUUGUAUCAAAGUCAGGGUAUUCUGAGCCAAGACAUUGUUCUUACAAAACAACUCAAUAAACACAUCAAAGAGGUAUAUUUGUCAACAAAGAUCCACAGCCUUACGUAGUUGAAAAAUCUGUAUUUAUUAAUGAUUUACAAAAGGCUAAACAUGGAAACCAUUUAAAUGAUUCAGUUCAUUUGAAACCUAAAAAUGAACAGUGAGUUGGAUGGUUGGUCUGUAGAGUUUGUGUGUGGCCAUACAAAAACCUGCUGGAAUCAUUCCAAACUGCAGAAGAAAUGACGUCAAGUGAUUUUUACUCUUUACUUAUGGGAGACACUGGAAUUGAGGUGUGAGAAGAGCAGCAGUGGUCAAUGUAAAAUAUAUCCUAUUACCUCAUCUUCAGUCCAUUUACAAGUCUCCCUCCAUAGCUGGUGUUUCUAACUCAAAAAGUAAUGUCACAGGUUGUUACCACAGUACAAGAGGUCCCAAAUAAUGGUUUGGAAUAUGAUAAAUCAAUGGUUUUGUGGAUAAUUAAAUUAAAAUUGUGCAAGUUUGCUUUUUUUCUCCAUGUUUGUAAUAAAUAAAGCAAACAAUAGUGUUUUCC